CGGCCGGCGGCCUGCGGGCGGCGCUGUGGUCCGCCGGGCGGCCUCGCGGAGCCGCCAUAACCGCCGGCCUUCCCCGAGCCAACGUCUCCGCGCCGCCGCCAUGGCCGACGUGGAAGACGGCGACGAGCCCUGCGCCCUGUCCUCUCACUCCGGGGGCGCGGGCUCCAAGUCGGGAGGCGACAAGAUGUUCUCCCUCAAGAAGUGGAACGCCGUGGCCAUGUGGAGCUGGGACGUGGAGUGCGAUACGUGCGCCAUCUGCAGGGUCCAGAUGCCUGUCUUAGAUGUCAAGCUGAAAACAAACAAGAGGAUUGUGUUGUGGUCUGGGGAGAAUGUAAUCAUUCCUUCCACAACUGCUGCAUGUCCCUGUGGGUGAAACAGAACAAUCGCUGCCCUCUCUGCCAGCAGGACUGGGUGGUCCAAAGAAUCGGCAAGUGAGAGUGGUGAAAGGGCUUCUUAGUGCGUUUGUCCAGAGCCCUGGGGCAUCGCCUUAUCAAGUGCCCUACAAUGGCCAGGAUACUCCGAGGACCAAGUCUUCAAAUAGGAGAUGGGUCUUUGGUCCUUGAGGACUCACCAGAGGCAUUGGGUUAGCAUUUUUCAGUUUUAUUUUCAGAAGUUCUCUACAAUUAAGAAGAUAAUUUAUUAAAGAUGGUCUUUCCUAUCUCUGUGGUAUGUGUCACACUGCUCAGAAGUGCUAUAAAGGAAGAGAGAACUACACAUUGAAUGACCUUUAUAAUUUACUUAAUGAUAUCUAAGGGGCUGUGGAAGCAGUUGCAUUUGGAAGAGAACUUUUGCAUGCUUAAGAUAGCUCAGUUAAAAAACAAACAAAAAACAAUGUUAUAGUAACAAAUAAAAUGCAGUUUAAAACCCAACUCUUAUCCUUAAUUUGUUCCUGAUAUUUAUUUUAGACAGGAAAGGGGGGUGAUUAAUUAUAUUAUUUGAUAUGACAAUUUUAAGUUUGCACCAGAGAGCAGGGUAAAUAAGAUUUCAUCUUUGGACAUAGGGGAUUUUGCUUGUCUUUUAGGUUAUGGUCCUCUAUCAUUGACUCAUCAAAAAAACCUAUAUCUGCACACCUCACUGUUCAGUCAUUCAGGGGAAAGAACAGGGGCAUUUCCCAAGUUUUAAUUAGUUUAUGGUAUAAUUUAACUGUGUUUCAGGUGAACUGUUAAUAAGGGAAAUGUUUACCACUAUAGCCUCGGAUCAAAAAAGGUUUAUUUUAUUACACAGUGCUUUAAUAAACAGUUUAUUCUGUUUACUUCA